ACGCCCGCCCCCCCGCUCCUUUGUUUUGUCAUUUUCUCAUAAAUUUCUGGUUGAAUCCUUGUUGUCUUUACCCUGGACACGAUAACAAGGAAAAGAGUAAUUCCAUCGUCAUUCGUCCCUCUCCUCUUUCGACCCUUCAGCCGCUCCCUACAACGUCACAGCUCAAGAGACUCAUCUGAAAUUCUAUUAACACAAUUCUUAAUCAGGUAACCAAAACCCAUGUCGAUUUCUGCCAAAAUCCCACACUCCCUCCUUUUUUAUCGCUCCAGCAAUCAAUUCUUGAAAUCCAUGAAAAUCCCAUCUUUACCCUCACCACCCACAAAAUUCUUCUUCUUCUCCAACCCAAUUACAUUUCAAAGAAUACCCACAAAAGAAUCCGUUUUUCCAACCUCAUCUUCGUCUUCCCCUUCAGUCUUUGUCCAGCCCAUUGAGGAGUUACCUCCAAAGCUUCAAGAUAUAAUUAAACUGUUCCAGGCAGUUCAAGAACCAAAGGCCAAGUAUGAACAGUUAUUGUUCUAUGGAAGAAAUUUGAAUCCUUUGAAAUCUCAAUAUAAAACAAGUGAAAAUAAAGUACAGGGUUGUGUUUCACAGGUGUGGGUCAGAGCAUAUCUUGACAAUGAUAAAAACGUGAUCUUUGAGGCAGAUUCUGAUUCAGUGCUGACUAAAGGGCUGGCUGCUUUGCUAGUCAAGGGCCUUUCUGGCCGGCCUGUGGAAGAGAUUCUGAGAGUUUCACCUGAUUUUGUGGUGCUUCUUGGGUUGCAGCAGAGUUUGACUCCAUCUAGGAAUAAUGGGUUCUUGAAUAUGUUGAAGUUGAUGCAGAGAAAGGCUCUGCAAUUGUUUGUCGAAAGUGAAAAGGCUGGUAAUUCAAGCAAUGAAGUCACAGAAGAAAACCCAGCCGAGAAUUCUGAUCUGGGGUUGAAGAAUGAUGGUGGGAAUGGUAAAUCAAAUGUUAAAGAAAGUCCCAGUGCUUUGGAGUCUGGUGUGGGUAAUGGUAGUGUAUUAGGGAAUAGAGGGACGAGGAUAAAGGAGAGAUUGGAGAAAGAUCUGAGACCUAUUGAAUUGGAGAUUGAGGAUACAUCUUACCAGCAUGCGGGUCAUGCUGGGGUUAAGGGAAGCAAUGAGGAGACGCAUUUUAAUGUGAAAGUGGUUUCUGAAGAAUUUGAAGACAAGAGCUUGGUUAAGAGGCAUAGAUUAAUUUACAGCUUGUUGCAAGACGAAUUACAGAAUGGACUACAUGCGUUGUCCAUUGUGGCAAAGACACCAUCUGAAGUUGAGCCUCAGUGAAUUGCAUACAUCAAUAGAGGUUUUUUCUUCACACACACACACACCCCC